AUGGAUCGCCAGUCUGUCUACACAACUCAUGUCUUCGAGCCCAACUACGAGCAGGGCGAGGACACAAACCUGCAGAUCCAGGCGCAACUGGAGCAGUUCAUUCUGGAUUUCAGGCUUGAGAACCAGUUCAUCUACAGAGACCAACUGAAGGAGAACGCUCUCCUCAAGAAAUACUACUGCGAUGUCAACAUCGGUGACCUGAUCAAGUUCAACGAGGAGCUUGCCCACAGACUGGUGACCGAGCCGGCAGACAUCAUACCGCUUUUCGAAAAUGCCCUGCGAAAAUGCACCCACCGUAUCGUCUUUCCGCACGAGAGGAAGGUCGACCUCCCCGAACACCAACUUCUCCUCCACUCCACCGCAGAAGACGUCUCUAUCCGCAAUCUGGACUCCUUGACCAUCUCAAGGCUAGUCAGGGUUCCCGGUAUUGUUAUCGGUGCUUCCGUAAUGUCCUCCAAGGUCACGGAACUGACCAUCCAGUGCCGAAACUGCCAACAUGAGCAGAGGAUUGGCGUCCUCGGCGGCUUCACCGGCGUGACCCUCCCCAGGAAUUGUGGUCGAGUCCGCGCAGCAAACGACCCUACCGAGAAGUGCCCUCUGGAUCCUUACUUUGUCAUGCACGAGAAGUCCAGAUUCGUAGAUCAGCAAGUCAUCAAGCUCCAGGAGGCCCCUGACCAGGUUCCCGUCGGAGAGUUGCCACGCCACGUGCUCAUCUCUGCUGACAGAUACCUGACCAACCGUGUGGUUCCCGGAUCAAGGUGCACGGUGAUGGGUAUCUUCUCCAUCUAUCAGAACAAAGGCAGCAAAAACUCGUCGACUGGCGCUGUUGCCAUCAGGACACCGUAUCUCAGGGCAGUCGGCAUCCAGACCGACAUUGACCAGACUGCAAAGGGCCACGCUAUCUUCUCCGAGGAGGAGGAGCAGGAAUUCCUAGAGUUGAGCAGACGGCCAGACCUGUACAACGUGCUGGCUGACUGCAUUGCGCCUUCUAUCUACGGAAGCCGGGAUAUCAAGAAGGCCAUUCUGUGCCUUUUGCUCGGCGGCUCCAAGAAGAUUCUCCCUGACGGCAUGAAGCUGAGAGGAGACAUCAAUGUCUUGAUGCUCGGUGACCCCGGUACCGCGAAGUCGCAGCUGCUCAAGUUCGUGGAGAAGGUAGCCCCUAUUGCUAUCUACACAUCCGGCAAGGGCUCAUCAGCAGCCGGUUUGACCGCCUCGGUCCAACGCGACCAUUCCACUCGAGAGUUCUACCUUGAGGGCGGUGCCAUGGUUCUUGCCGAUGGUGGUGUCGUCUGCAUUGAUGAGUUUGACAAGAUGCGGGACGAGGAUCGGGUCGCUAUCCACGAAGCCAUGGAGCAGCAGACCAUCUCUAUUGCGAAAGCCGGUAUCACUACCAUCCUCAACUCACGAACAUCGGUGUUGGCCGCAGCCAACCCCAUCUUCGGUCGCUACGAUGAUAUGAAGACUCCUGGAGAGAACAUUGACUUCCAGACCACCAUCCUGUCGCGUUUCGACAUGAUCUUCAUUGUGAAGGACGAGCACGAGAGGGGCAAGGAUGAGAGGAUCGCCAAGCAUGUCAUGGGCAUCCACAUGGGCGGCCAAGGAAUCGAGGAGCAGGCCGAGUCCGAAAUCCCCGUCGAGAAGAUGCGGAGAUACGUGAGCUAUUGCAGAUCGCGUUGCGCCCCUCGCCUGAGCAAGGAGGCCGCAGACAAGCUGUCCUCGCAUUUCGUGUCCAUCCGAAAGCAGGUGCACGCUUCAGAAAUGGAGGCCAACACGCGAAGCUCCAUUCCCAUUACCGUACGACAACUCGAGGCCAUCGUGCGAAUCACAGAGUCUCUGGCCAAGAUCACGCUCUCGCCCAUCGCCACUGAGCAGCACGUCGACGAGGCCAUCCGCCUCUUCCUCUGCAGUACCAUGGAUGCCGUCAACCAGGGCAGCAGCCAGGGCUCCAGAGAGCUCAACGACGAGGUGAACAGGAUCGAGGCUGAGCUCAAGCGGCGACUGCCCAUUGGCUGGAGCACGAGCCUGGCGACACUCAGACGCGAGAUGGUCGAGGGCAAGGGGUUCAGUGAGCAGGCUCUCAACCGAGCGUUGAUGAUUCUGCAGCGGAGAGACACGAUCAUGUUCCGCAACCAAGGAGCACAAAUCUACAGGAAUGGUGCAUGA